GCCAGAUACCAGAGGACACUUUAGAAGUCUUCUUGAGUCCAUGCAUCGACGGGUCAGUGCAGUUCUGGCUGCUCGAGAGGGACCCACACAAUAUUUGGCAGUUUUCUCCUCUGCACCCUGUGGUUGUGUUUGAGUGAGCGAUGUGCUGUUCGGUGGGUUUCGCCAGAUCUUUGGGUCUGGCCCUGUUGCCUCUGGCCCUGUGCUGUAUCCUGGGCAACCUGCUGCUGUUAUUUCCCAUGGCAGAAAUCUCUUACAUCAAGGACGACCGCCUGGCCCGCUACAUCUGGUACUUUGGUGGACUAGGAGGUGGAGGACUGCUGAUGCUGAUUCCAGCUGUGGUCUUCAUCACUCUGGGGAAAUGUGGCUGCUGCUGGAAUGAGAGCUUAAUGAUGUGUGGGUCAGUGUUGGCAGCUGGGGUCGGCAUGGUGGGGUCUGGCUACUGUUUCGUCAUAUCAGGGCUCGCCUUGAUGCAGGGGCCGUGGUGCUUCACCAGUCACGGAUGGAAAUACCCCUUUCAAGACCAGUGGGGCAGGUAUCUGCGGCAGCCAGACACGUGGUCACAGUGUAGCCAGCCGCUUCACAUUGUAGAGUGGAACGUGACUCUGCUGUGUGUGUUACUGGCCCUGGCUGUGCUGGAGUUCAUCAUCUGCCUCUUACAGCUGGGCAGCGGUUUAGUCAACGCCGUCUGCCGACCAUGUUGCUAUAAGCAGGAGUACAGUCUUAACGCUUAGACUAACACAUGUGUGGGUGCACAAAUAAAAACACACACAUACAGCUCAUUAAUGGACACAUGCAUACGCAGGAGUCUGCAAGCAGCACUGUGUAUAUGUGUGCAAGCACAACACACAGCCUCUCUACUUAAACACACUGACCUUGCAGUAUCAUGGACACCUGGCAACUAUGUCAGUGUAACUGCUAUAUUUUCAAGCUUCCAGUUUGCCCUGUAAAAGUGGCAAAAUCACUAUGCAGACAUUUCAAAGGCAACAGGAUAUUUGUGCAUAAUAGCGUAGGUGUGUGAAUCCUGUAUAAGCCAUAGAGACAUAGAAAAAAGGAGGAUGUGCUUUACUUUGCCUAGUGAAAGAAGCCUCAGCAGGCAUUUACAAAUAAUAAAAAGAAAGAAUAGCAUCCUCAAUGAUAAUAAUAAUGAUGAUGAUGAUGAUAAUUAUUAUAUUAGUAUUUGCGCAGUUGUCAGUUGUCUUAAGAACAAAAAGACACCUUCUUGUGCCUUGUUUUGUUUUUUUUAAAGCUAAAAAAGAAGGAAAAAGCACCUGUUUCUACAUUUUAGUAACAACUGUUCAUUUACUUCAGGACAACCUAUAUUCUGAAUAUCAGGGUCACUCAGUUUUAUUAUUAUCGUUAUCAUAUACCGUGUACUUUGUAUACUUUUAUAAACCCAACAGCUACACUAUCAGAAGAAGAGAACAAACUAUUAUUUAGCAACAUAAUGGGAGUGGAUAGAGAUGACAUAGUCUUUGAAAUAUAUGAAGAUGCCUGCAACAUAUUGUUUUAUAAUGUUGGAAAUGAUAUUAACUCUUGUGGGCAUUUCACUGGCAUUGUUGAUGGUGUCCUUGCAAGAAAUAAUGCACAUUUUCAUGAUGUUAAUUUCUAAAGGUGCCUCAAGAUUAUCAUGAUCCUGUAUUAUUCCUGUGGCUCCAACCUUUUUACAGUGUGUUGGAUCUCUUUAUACGAGCAUAUUUUUGUGUGUGUUUGUACAUUUGUUUUCAUUUUCAAAGCAUCUUGUUGUAAAUGGUUUUCUUUGUGUCUUUCGGAUGCUAGAUCAGUGUUAACAGACAUGUUAUAUAUAUUUUAGUGACAUAUUUUUAUAAUGUAUGUUUUGUUUGUGCUGCCUUGAAUAAAAAACUAUUUCAA